AUGGCUAGACGUAAAGAAAGCCUUUUACAGCCAUGGGAUUUGAUAAGCUCAUCUAGGAGAAAAAGCAACAACAAGAGAGCAGCAGCUCGUGAUGGCACCACUAUCCUACCAAAAAAUAACCCAACGCCUCCUGUAGUAACGACACAGGAAAUCAUGGCACAGCGAUCCCAAAGCUUUGCCUAUGGAACAAAGAGCGCAACUGCCACAGCAACGACAGAAACAAGUAGCACAGCAACAGUAAAACGAAAGAGCAACAUUUACUCGGCACUUUUGUCUAAAAUUGCCAUUGAAUUGAGACAGCGAAUAACGUUGGCAGAUCAUAUUAAGGACGAUAUCGAGUACAAGAACACAUUUGAUGGCAAGCAAGUGGUGGAUAAGAUUGCAUUGAUUGUGCAAACAUCGGACAGAAAACUCGCUUUGAGGAUUGGUAGAAUGCUGAGCGAACAGCGGUUCUUUCACGAUGUCAGUUACGAAACGCAGCUUGUGGAUUCCUCGAUUUAUCUAUACGAAUUUACGAAUCGAACCUUGUAUGCACUCAGUACGCAACAUCAGCAAAGCGGCAGUGAUUGGAGUGGCAGCGAGUCCUUGAGCGAGCACAAUGUGGAUGUUACCAACAAUAAUCAGAUUAUACCAAAUGGCAUCGUUGUUGAUUUGACGCACUGUUAUGUACCAACUUGCUGGGAUCUCAAGCCCUGUUAUAGCCCCAUCUGUCCAAAGCGAUUUACACAGCGGACAGAGAGCAGCGAGUCAUUUUCAAAUCUACUCGUAUCACUGUCAUCCUCCAGAUCGACAAUAGCAAAGUCAAAGUCUGCUUUGCAUCAUGAUUAUUGGGCAGACAGUGUCGAAAAGUCAAUGUAUGAUUCAUUGUCGAAAACAGAGCGAAAGAGGCAAGAAAACCUAUACGAACUAAUAUAUACAGAGAAAGAUUAUGUUCAGAGCUUAGAGUAUCUGCAGAAUAUGUGGAUCAAGCCUUUAACAGAAAGACCCAUUAUCCCAGCAUCACGCAAAGAAACACUGUUACGAAAGGUAUUUGGAGGCAUCGAGGACAUCUACAGGAUAAACAUUCAACUAUUGCGAGCAUUGCAAGAACGCCAAAGUCAGCAUUCCAUUAUCCAUCAAGUGGGCGACAUUUUACUGGAUUUUGUCAUUGACUUUGAGCCUUACAUCAGCUACGGCUUAAAGCAGUACGAGGCUAAAUUCGCAUUGGAAAACGAGCGAUUUAUCAACCCCAAUUUCGAUGCCUUUGUGGAGGCCACAGAGAGACACCCUGACUCGCUCAAAUUGGAACUGAACGGCUAUCUCACCAAACCAACCACACGGCUGGGAAGGUACACUUUACUGUUCAAUGAAAUCCUAAAGCAUACGCCUGCCGAUCACCCUGAUUUGGAAGAUCUACCAAAAGCAGUAACCAUCAUCAAACGGUUUCUCUCCAGAGUCAAUGCAGAGACAGGCAAAGCGAAGAAUCGCUUUGAUUUGGAACGCAUUCACUACAAUUUGUCCUUCAAAUACAAAGCAGAUGAAGUGAACCUUGAUCUAUUGGCCAAAAACAGAAGUAUCGUCAAGCAAGGCACACUGAAAAAGUCGGCCCAGCUGGAGUCCGUAGAAUAUCAAGUGAUUCUAUUUGACCAUUAUCUAGUUAUUGCAAAGCUCAAAAUUAUCAAUGGCACUGAACGUUAUGUAAUUCAAAAGCGACCUAUUCCUAUUGAAUUGCUGUCUGUCUAUCUACCAGAUACAAACCUAGCCAGUAAAAGGUCAAGCACGCUCGUAUUACCGUACCUGACCAUGAAUACCCCAAAUCCAAUGAUGGCAGUACCAGGAGCACAAAUGAGAGCCUCGACUGAUCUAGGUCCCUAUUUGCAUCAUAACACCAGCACCGGUAGCUCUACCAAUGGAAAUAGCAGCAACAGCAGCAACAGCACCAAACCAAACUCAUAUCCCAUCGCAUUUCAACAUCUGGGACGCUCAACAUCUGCUCCCUACAUCCUCUUUGCACCUUCUCAUGCUACACGCAAACCUUGGUUCGAAAAGAUACGAUCGCAGCAAGAGGCUAAAAACAAACGAAGCCCUAUUUUUGAGAUGGUGUCCUCUGUGCUAGAGCAUCAGUUUAUCGUGCUCAACAGAAUCCAUCAUUUCAUUACGUUUAAUGGCGGUCAACAGUACUUGCUGGCAGCAGAUGACGGCGUCUAUGUUGGACAUCACAACUAUCGACACGCAGAAACCACACCACACAAAGUAUUGUCACUUGAGAAAGUAACACAGAUACAAACCAUCGAAAGCACAGAAACCCUGCUUGUACUGGCAGACCGCACAUUAUGGGAAUAUCCGCUGGACAUUGUCAACGGUAAGCCAGAAACACAGCCUCGAGGUCGUCUGGUGCAAACACAUGUGCCUUUCUUCUACGUGGGUACGUGUCUCAAACGAAUGAUGGUAUGUGUGCCAAAGAUCUCCACCCUGAGAUCCGUCAUCACUGUAUUCGAAGCUAUCAAGAGAACCGAUCUGAUGAGCAACAGUGGCAACAUGGGAGCGGGUGCCAUGUCUGUUUCUCUGCCAUCGUCAACAGGCGGUUCCAGUAAACGUGCAAGCGGUAUUCUGGAUAGGCUCAUGUCCAUGCGAGCAUUAUCACAGCCUGCUGAUGAUCUUCACUUGCGCAAAGUAAAGGACACCUAUGUACCCAGUGAAGCUUAUGCCGUCGAGUUGUCUGCUUCCAUGAUGUUGAUUACUUCAUCCAGAGGCAUGAUUAUGGUGGACAUGCGGACAGAUCAACCUCAACAAUUACUCAAUCCUGGUGAUAAAAACCUGGCAUUUAUCUUGGAGCGAGAAAAAGAGGUAUCUUCAUCACUCAACCUGCGCCAGCCCAUCAAACGCAUCGCCAUCUUUAGAACCCCUCGCAAUCACUAUUUCAUAUGCUAUGAUGAGUACGCCUUUUACAUUGACAGCAAGGGAAAUCGUCUGUUCACCAAGUUCUUGAUCGAAUGGGAAGGCACACCAGAGUCAUUUGCAUUCUGUUACCCUUAUGUGAUGGCAUUUGAUGCGUCAUUCAUCGAGAUUCGCAAUGUGAUUACAGGAGCCAUUGAACAAAUCAUUCGAGGAAAACAAAUGAAAUGCUUAAACAAUGGCCACAAGACCGAACUGCCCCUGAUUUUUGGUUCCAUGGCAGAUCCUGUCAAGGAUAAUUACCAGUUUGUGUUUAAGCUUCAAUUGGCUGCUGAACACUCGAUUGAGGAAGACAUUACCUCUAUUGAACCAUCCACAUUACAUCGAUAA